AUGCACUGCAUAGAUAAAGCCAUCUGUAGCAAUAAAGAAGCAGAAAAAAAAAGUAUAGAGAAGCCCGAAACAUUCUCUAGGAUGAACAGAAUUAAAUCUUUUACUUUCAGAAAUGCAGGGUAUCUGUAUAACCUUAAAACAAAACAGUUUAUGGGAGCUAUGCGAAAUAAAGAAAAAGUGUCAUUCUUCAAGUCGCAGGACAAUCCACUGCUUGCAUCGCUUAUGCAGAUACAGCGUAUAGUCACAGGGGGAGAAAGAGCAUACACUGUGAUCACCUCGCUGGAAGAUAGGCUGCCGUAUGAAAUAAACGGUCUCAGGACAAAAACCAUGCAGAUAAGCGAAGAAACUGGUCCGUACAUGAUUCUUCAUGCGAACAAGCAAGAAGAGAGCCAGGCGGUGACAAUAUUCCCAGAAGUAGAGGGAGCUCACACGGUGUUCCGGGUCUACAUUAAAAAAGGGUGUUUGAGCGUCGAUUCAAAGGGAUUCUUGGUGUACGAGAAGUGCACAUUUGGCAACGAUGCAGGGGAAUUGCACAGACAGCAGCUGUGGAUAUGGGUGGACAAAGAAAACUUUGAAAAGGACACGCUAAGCAGAAUGGUCAAUCCGGAGUAUGAAGCAAUGAUGGACAGAUUUGAUGAAAAAUCUCCAAUUAUUAACAUCAAUAUCUCCAGUGGAGUAACUGAAGAUGGAAAAGCCAGCAUUACAAUCAAUGGGGUUAAAAGACCAGAUAGUGCACCUGUUGAAUCCAAUAAGAAACAAAUAAGCCCUAAAUAUAAGUACUAUCCUAGAAACUUUAACGAUCUUUAG